AUGGCCUCUCCGGGUGGCGGCGGGCGCGGCGGCGGCGGCGGCGGCGGGGCCGGGGCGGGGGCGGGCUGCGUGGGGGCGGCAUGAGGGCCGGCGGCCCGGGGGGCUGAGGCGCCCGCCGCCUGCCGCGAGGCCGCGCGCGUCCUCCAUGGAGGCCGGAGAGGAGCCGCUGCUGCUGGCCGAACUCAAGCCCGGGCGCCCCCACCAGUUUGAUUGGAAGUCGAGCUGUGAAACGUGGAGCGUUGCCUUCUCCCCGGAUGGUUCCUGGUUCGCCUGGUCUCAAGGACACUGCAUUGUGAAGCUGAUCCCCUGGCCUCUGGAGGAGCAGUUCAUCCCUAAAGGGUUUGAAGCCAAAAGCCGAAGCAGCAAAAAUGAGACAAAAGGGCGAGGCAGCCCAAAGGAGAAGACACUGGACUGUGGGCAGAUUGUCUGGGGCUUGGCCUUCAGCCCAUGGCCUUCUCCACCCAGCAAGAAACUCUGGGCUCGCCACCAUCCGCAGGUGCCAGAUGUCUCUUGCCUGAUCCUUGCUACUGGGCUCAACGAUGGGCAGAUCAAGAUUUGGGAGGUACAGACAGGGCUCCUGCUUUUGAAUCUUUCCGGCCACCAGGAUGUCGUGAGAGAUCUGAGCUUCACACCCAGUGGCAGUUUGAUUUUGGUUUCUGCAUCUCGGGAUAAGACUCUUCGCAUCUGGGAUCUGAAUAAACAUGGUAAACAGAUUCAGGUGUUAUCCGGCCACCUGCAAUGGGUCUACUGCUGCUCCAUCUCACCAGACUGCAGCAUGCUAUGUUCCGCGGCCGGAGAGAAGUCGGUCUUUCUGUGGAGCAUGCGUUCCUACACGUUAAUCCGGAAGCUAGAGGGCCACCAGAGCAGUGUGGUGUCUUGUGACUUCUCCCCUGACUCUGCCUUGCUUGUCACGGCUUCUUAUGAUACCAAUGUGAUCAUGUGGGACCCCUACACCGGCGAGCGGCUGCGAUCACUCCACCACACCCAGCUCAACCCCCCCAUGGAUGAUAGCGACGUCCACAUCAGCUCCCUGAGAUCUGUGUGCUUCUCCCCCGAAGGCUUGUACCUCGCCACGGUGGCAGAUGACAGGCUCCUCAGGAUCUGGGCCCUGGAACUGAAGACUCCGAUUGCAUUUGCUCCUAUGACCAAUGGUCUUUGCUGCACAUUUUUUCCACAUGGUGGAGUUAUUGCCACAGGGACAAGGGAUGGCCACGUCCAGUUCUGGACGGCUCCUCGGGUCCUGUCAUCACUGAAGCACUUAUGCCGGAAAGCCCUUCGAAGUUUCCUCACGACAUACCAAGUGCUAGCACUGCCAAUCCCCAAGAAAAUGAAAGAGUUCCUCACGUACAGGACUUUCUAACCCAGUCUCCAUAGUCUUACUUGUUUUCUUUGUAGCAGGAUAAAUCUUCCUGACAAAGGAGUAGGUGGAAUAAUGGGCCAAACAUCUGGCCUUGGGUUGAAAUACAAUUUCUAUUUGGGAAGCUGUGAACAGAAUGUAGCAAAGCCAGAUUCCAGUGGACCCGCUGGGGUCUCUUCCCCAGGACACAAGACUGUCAGUCUUAGAAGAGGGACAGAGUGAUGGAGCCUGAGCUUUACCUUCAGUCCACUUACGCACAGCAGUAGUGGGCCCUCUGGUCAUUUUGAUUCCAAGUGCAGUUAAGGAGUUGUUUUGCUGAGAGGAGUGCCUGGGCCUCAUGCCUCUGUGGCAGCAGGAAAGUUCCCACUCCCUUGACUGGAGUGUGGCUUCUGCUAAGUGUCUGUCACUGAUCCAGAUGCAGAAGAGGCCUUGGUGAAGUUCUGUCCUGCUGGUCAGAGCGGCUCUGAUGUGAGUGUGCAGGGCUUUCCUUCUCCCCGCUCCCCUCUGGCCCGCAGGACAGGUGUCAGAGAGAUGUCUGGCGGGAGGCAUCAUCAGCUCAAGUCCGGGUGACUCAAGAGGCCGCGCUCCUGCUAGAUUUGGCUUUUUUUUUUAAAUAAUGGUGUGCAUGUGCCGGAGGUGUCAGAUUUGUGUGUCAGGUUACACAGAACGUAUUCCUCAACUGCAUGACUGUUCCAGUGGCUACUGAGUUACUGUCAGUUGUUUGCCAGUUAGCAUAUUUAUUUGUAUUUCCUCAACAGAUGUUAAGGUACAGCUGUGUUUUUGUCAAUGGUAUCUAAAAACCAUAGUACUCAAUUCCAACAGUUGUGAAGAUGUCUCUUCUUAAUUGUGUGAAGAAUUGGUGUCAUCAUUUCAGCUGUUUUCUUCUGUACGAGACCUGACUUGACUGCUUCAACUCAUUGGACUCAUCAGCCAGUCUCAACUCUGCCCCUAAACACAACUAGCUCCUUAAAAGUACUGUUCUCCUCCAGUCGUGUAUAGUUAUCUAAUCAAGACACCUCAUUCAAACAAAAUCUGCCUUUGGAAAAUUUAAUAUAUUUUAAAUUAUUUUAAAAGAAAUGCAACAUUUUAUCCUUUGGCUUUCUUACUAGGUGCUUUGUGGAGGCCUGUGUAUUAUGAAAAAGCGUGUUGAAAAGGUAGAGGAGCCUCUCCUCUGCUGCCUUUGUUGCUAAAAGAAAAACAUUUGUUUUCAAGAUGAGAGGCUUUCAUUGAAGGAAAAAAGGUAGAAA